AUGAUUUUUAUUCUCAAUACAGAUGAUUUGAGUGAUGAAGUUAACAAAGUUAAUGAAGUUACUGAAAAAGGAGAACCUUAUGAUAAAUUCAAGUCGGAUGAAAUGGCAGACGGAAUGCAAGAAAUUGGUGAAGAAAAUGAAGUAACAAAUGAAAUAAAUGAAGUAAUUAUUGAAAAUGGUAAUAACGAAGAUAAAAAUGAUCAAAAUAAUGAAGUUUCUAAUGACUUGCCAACAAACGAAGAAGAAGAUGAAGAUAAUGAAUUUAUUAAACCAGAGGAUCAAAUUGACGAACCACCUCCUCUCACUGAAGAUGAAAAGAUAAAUAUAAAAUAUUCAAAUAUUCAUUUACGUAUUUAUACUCAUCUUGCACGAUCCCUUAAUCGCAUUAUGGUAUUACCAAAUGUUGGUCAUUCACGAAUUCGUGCAUGUUCACCAUUUCACUUCGAUUUUUAUUAUGAUAUUGAAAAAUUAAAGAGGCAAUAUCCCGACAUAAAAUUUAUAACACAACCAGAAUUCUUAAAAUGGACUAAACAAAGAAAAACUAAACCUAACACGCAACAUGCAUGGAUGAUUCAAGAUGGAAGAAAUGAUUCUUUGUCCGUAAGAGAACAUCGAAAUAUGGCAGUAGAACAAGGAAUUAAAUUUGGUUCUAUUAGAAAAAGGAAAGUUUGUUUAAAUCAAUUUGAUUUAAAUAUUACUGAUUAUAAAGAAUUUCAUACCGGAAUUUCUAAACCACCUGAUUUUCAUGAAAAAAUGUUUAACUUUUUGACCAAAGUUUUAUCAGAAACAACGAAAUAUGAAGUAAUAAUGGUAUUAAAUAGGUCACCUCGAGAAAUGCUUCCAAUAAUUCAUAAACCAAUUCCUUAUUCACCAUAUAUUUAUCAACAAUCACAAGAAAUAAUUGAUAAAUUAAGACCUUAUAUAGCAAUUCAUUGGCGUAUGGAACAAGCAACUCCUGAAAAUAUGCCUCGAUGUGCUAAACAUUUAUUGAAGACAUUAUUAAGAGUUAAAAAAUCAUACGGAAUUAAAAAUAUUUAUUUAGCAACUGAUUAUCCUUUACUUGGUGGAAAAGCUCAAUCAGAAACAUUCUAUGUAGUUUCUAAUUUUCACACUAAAGCUAUGAAUAUACUUGGAGUACCAAUAUUUGAUGGUAAAAGUUCUAACAAUAUCGAUAAUGUUGAUAAUAAUAUCGAAACUGGUAUUGAUGCUGAAGGAUUAGAAGAUUUGGUGGAAGAUGAUACAAAAGAAACAAAAGAGAAUUUUAUAAACGAUGACAAAACAAUAUCCCACACUUGGGUCUCUCUAAAAAGAUUCCAAAAAUAUCAAAAUAAUUCGGAAUAUGAAGAAGAAUUUAAGGGAUCCGGAAUACAUGGAAUUCUUGAUAAAUUACUUUGUAUAAAUGCAGAUUAUUUUAUAAGUGGACCGAAAGGUUGUGCGAGGGUAUCAAGUAGUUUUACAAGAUUAAUCCGUCAUGAAAGAGAUAAAUUAUAUAAAAAGGAUAAUUCAAAAUUAAAAAAUGUUGUUAAUUUAUGGGAACGAUAA